UAGGAAAAAGUAAUCAAGUGUUGGAUCAUGCAGCGGCAACAUGAAACGCUAUCCUCGCGUUCAUUAAUAAGAUACGGUGUUAUUAUGUUGAUUGAAUUUCUGAGAGAGGUCAAUAGAACCAAAAAGUUGUUUUUGUUUAUUAUCCAGGGCAAAUAGGCUGUUUAUCCUAGUAGCUUUUUUCUGUUCAGCUGUUUAAUAGUUAGUUUGAUUACAUUUGCUGCAAUAAUGGACGUGGAUUGUUUUAUUUAUAUAUUUUUUACGCAUUAAUGCUGGCGCAUUAAAGUUUUACCAAACAGCAUAUUAUAUUUAGUCAUACGGACAGAUUGUUUAUACAGUUUAUGCUAAAACUAAGCUAUGUAUGAUAACGUUCAGAGAAUAAAUGCGUUUCGUGAACUCAAUGAGACUUGAACAUGAAACUUGAGAUCAUCGUUUAGGUUUACCGUGUAGAGUCUAGCCUUCCCCUGGAACAGAUAAACUCCCAAAGAGAACAAGUUUUUUUAAUUAAAAACUAACAAAUAAAUUAUAGUUAUGGGCUGCUUUUGGAUGCAAAGUGCGCAAAACUGCUUAAACAAAAUCACACUGCUAGUUGAUUUCGAAACAUGUUUUUCAAAAUCCUAAUUGACUUUGUAGUUAUGCGUGUUGUAAUUUAUGAUGCGGAUAUACACACAAGAUUCUGUUUGUAAUUUAUUUUAGAUGAAAAGCAUAUAGACGAUGUAGACUGUAGUAAAGAAAACAGGCCCAUUUAUUCUUAUAGCUCUCAGGUGGCCUCUUAUUAAUCUGCUUUCUCUUUGUGUGAGCGUAUGUUUAUGUGACAAAAAGAGAAAGAGAUGUUUCUCAUGGUCUAUGGUUUUCUGCUUGCCUCCACUUCACUUUGUGUAGACGAAUGCGCCAUCUAGUGCAAAAGUGUUGUAAAGCCUAUUAACGAGUAAAGGAUGGAUUGUGCGGAUGCCGUUGUUUUAGUAAGAGAAUCCUCUCUCUGACACCACUUUUCUAGUUUACAAACUGUAAUGUGACAUAAAGUUUAUACUUCCAGAACUAGCGCGGCGUGAGAAGUUUUGUUUUAUUGGUUGGUACCUGCAGGAUGUUUUCAAUUCCUUAGAAAGUUCCCGGAAAAAAACUCAAUCUCUACUAACAUAUAGAGUGGCAAAUCUUAGAUGAUAUUUCCCUCACGGAUCCUGUUCGCCAAUGCGUUGCCCUUUCUCUUGUUACGAGAAAACACGAAACUUAUACAUAAAUUAUUACAGCCCUAAUGUUUAAUUUGUCUUUGUCUUCUACCCUUCAGCAUUAGAGCCACAUUUACAAUCGUGAAGUGAGCGAAUUUUGCAAUGGCUUGUCUAUUUUAGAGGACUUUUAAAGGAAUUUCAAACCUAAGUAGCUUAUUAUAUAAGUUUAAGGAUACUUUUAUGGGUGUAAUCUGUAAGCUAACUGCCAAUUAAGACUUUUUAAACAAAACAUUUAUUAUGAUAUAUCUGUAAAUAUGUAAAUCUACAGGCUAAGGAAGUGAUAAAUUGUGACUUGCUUUUUGACUUACGCCGAAACUAAUCGUACUGCGCGUGCGCAACUUUCUGUUGUUAUGGUUACCUCCUCUAUCGAAAGCGACUUCUGUUCGUUGUCGUAUUUGACAACCGCUUGAAAUUCGCGCUCUAACUAACUUUCAUUCUAACUUUUAACACACUGGUGAUGAUAAAACACUGUUGAUACCUAAAUAUUCUUGUAAUGGAAAAAUAACUUUUACUAAGACCCUUUGCAACCCCCCGCCCCCUAGUAGUGUUGUACAAAUUUUUGUUUUCAUCAGUACUCAUACUGAUAUAAAAUACUGUAGUUUCGAGAAUUUGUAUCAAUUUGCUUUUCUCAAAAUGUUUAUCUUUCACUGAAGGUAAUGAAGAUGUUUGCGUUGGCUAAGCAUUUGGGGGUGUUCACUCUGGUUGCUUUUGUACAUUGUAUCUUUAUCGUUAUUUGUAUAGUUUGGGUUAGACAAGAUAGAGGCCUUGAACUCCUUAAACCAGCACCAAUUCAACCUCUUUGAAAAACCUUGCAUUUAAAGACAUAUAAUUCACCACCACAGAUGAAAAGAGAGUGUUAUUUUGCAGUUGACCCUUGUUGUGUUACCACUAAUGCCAGAUUGUAACUAUUAUGGAUUCCACAUUUUAAUGUGUUCGCAAAGUCAGAAUAAUAAUUAGCAGCUGCGACACCUGUGUGAGCUUAGGUGAUGCACGCUACAGUACUCUUGUCAUUGAACAAGUACACUAAAGCAAUCUAAAACCUUUUCUUAUGCUACAAGCAUUUUACCCCUAACCUUUGUUGUUCUUUUCAAAUAUUUAAUCAUGCAUUGUUAAGUAUCUUGCCCUAAGGAGUGAAUGCUUUUUUGUCAUUUUCCUUUAGAGUGCUAAGACUAACAGAAAAUUGUCUGUUACCACAAUACUUUUAAGUUGGAAGAUCCUUAUACAUCUGUCAUGAGUGCUUUUCUUUCCCAAUCCCUCUAUGGCAUGGAGAUUUAAGCAAAUACAGUUGUGGGGGAAUCAGGAUCAUGUAGACCAAUCCAUCCUGUCCUACCUGCCCCUCUCCAAACAAUUGAGCAGGUGCAUGUAGUCUUUUUGCCAAAACUAUAGAGCUGCCACUCAUGCCCAAUUAAAGUACAGUCAGUGAAAGGUGUUUGAAUGUGCUCCUAUAAGCCCCGACCAUAAGGAUCAAAUACAGCUGUGUGGAUGAAGUAUUUCAUCAAGCUCUGUACCUUACUUUGUAGAAAGAGAGCUUGAAAGAUCACUGCAGGCUGGAUGGUUUCUCAUGUGAGAGCUUUGAUUGAUGGAAACCUUGUUUGUAGUAUUUUCAAUGCCUCAUAAUAAGUCUGGCUUUAAAGGUCUAACAAAUCAGACACAAAAAGCAUGAAUUAGCAGCUUUGUUUACAUGACAGUCUAACGAAUUAUCUCAGCAUCAACCAUAGAAGUCAUCUCCUUCAUUUUAGACAUUUAAACACACCUGAAACCGUGACUAUAUGUGAUGGCCACUGCCACAUUACCACUCACUUUCUGUGACUCAUCAAAAACACCUGUACUCUCUUUGUACACAAACACACAUCAUGUUUGCACAUCAUACCGUACGAUGACAGGAUAUUACAUUAUCAUACGCAGUUCAAACAAGCGCAUAUUAAAGCAGAAUAAACAUGACCGUCAAGGUAAUCUUGUCUUCCCUCGCUGCUUUGAAUGAGACAGAAGGUCUCAGUUAUUGCCAACUCAGUCCCAGAGCAAUAAAGUGAUUCAUCAUCUAGAUUACGUUUUAACAGGAAGUUGAUUGAGAGUAUAAUCCAUAUUGAUUCUCUUGAUGGAAACAGGAAAUAGCAGAGUUAGAAAUAAAAUUGUGUGUUGUUCCUGGUGAGAAGGGACCCCAGAGGAAAAUGGAAAGCAAUUGCGAGCUGAUGAGUGGCACUGCCCCCUAGCACCACUCCUUCUAGCCCCACCGCCCUUUUCCUCUCAUCCCCCUCUGAGACCAGAGAGAGACGUCAUCAGGGUUGUUGUGCUCCUGCCACACGACUACACACCGGUGCUCUAGUCUAAUUAGGAGGGAAAGAUACAAUUUAGUCAGCUUUUCGAAGUUCAGUAGUCAACAAUAACUGCCCUUCGCGCUUUUACGUGCUACUGCAAGCUAAGUAGCUCUGUAAUAUAUUUAAGGUUAUGUAUUACCAGUAGGAUCUGGAUGAGAGAUGUCAUUGGUACUCCACCUGCUGUCAAGUAGGGCAACAGAAGGGAUUUGGGUGUCAGCAUGACUGAUGCUGGUAUUUCAUUCAGAAGCCUCUGCAAUAUAUAUAUAAAUACUUCGCUCAUUAGGGAGACGACAGAUGUUUGCUAAUUGGGAUCAUCCUGAAACUGGGGCGGUUACUGGGCUAUGCUUCUCUGUAUGUGCGUAAACCCGCAUUAAGGUUGUCUUGAGAGUAGGAACGCUGACAAUAAUCCAUCCGUCCUCGCAGGCGCGCCACAUCUGGAGGAAUGAAAUAAGACAGAAUCAUUGAAUAAUCCUCAGGCAGGCACUUUAAAUUCCUCGCUAUAUUCAGCAGAGGUAAUUGCUGACAAUGUAAGAAGCUUUUUCCAUUACGGGGAAAGCUGACAGACUGAAGUAUCUUUUCAUGCCUGCAGAAGCAGCUUGUACACACAUUUUGCGCGCUGCCUGAUUUGAUUAAGAUUGAUCUGUCCUCUACAGCUGUAUCCUUGGCUCUGGGUUUUUCCAUGCUUGUUUUUGACCAUUUGAGAGGAGAGAUUAAACAUGCUCCCAUCUCAUCUCCCUAGCUAAAUACACACACACACGUUGACGCACACACGCUCACACACACACCCCUCGUGGACUGCAACGUCACUGAGCGAGGGGACUUUGAGCUCAUUAAGUAGAGGGCUGUGAUAUUCUGAAUCGAGACUGUGGGACUCCCAACCGGCCUAUUUAUAGAAAGCACAUCUCCAUGGCAGUCAUCGCUGCGCUAGCAAAUCGCAGCCGUGGCCCCAGACACCAAUUAAGAAUGAAACAAAUGCCUUUUAGACAGGGCGUGUCCCUCCUUCUCUCCUGCUGGCCCGUACUGCCUUCUGCUCUGGGAGCGGAUCCUCCCUCUGCCUCUUCCUGAGGCUGCGUGGGGCAUCGGGAGGACAGCUCGCAGAGAACUGGCGAAGCCUUGCUGCGGUGCUGGAUAUUUUUAAAUGCACCCCCCCCUCAACCCCCCUUACCCCAGCCCUACCUCUCCUCUUCUCCUUAGAAAAGUGCGAGUAAUGGGUAUCUUUUUUGUUGUUGUGUAUGCAUGUUCCCCUGUCUGUUCGUAUGUGCUGGGAUGCCAUUGGAUGCAAUGAAUCGCAGUGACUCAUAGAGGGACUUCAGAGAGUUCCAACAGGUUAGAAGAGUGAUGACCAUCCUGUUCGUUACUAUGGUUAUUUCAUACUUCAGUUGCAUGAGAGCUGCGCCCAUGAGAGAGAUCCCGGGCGUGCAGGGGGGCCACCGGGCCGAGGGCUACCUGGGCGCCGCUGCCGCCGUUGCCGCCGCUGCCGCCACCUCAGGCAGCCGAGGCCACGGGACUCCACAGAGUGGGGGCGGGCUGCCCUCGCUCACGGACACUUUCGAGCAGGUGAUUGAGGAGUUGCUUGAGGUGGAAGGGGAGGCGACGCAGCAACUGGGGCCCGGGGCCGACCAGGGCCAAGGAGGGGGCGGUCCCGCAGCCGUGGCAGACUCAAAGGACGUUGACCUGUACGCCUCGCGGGUGAUGAUCAGCAACCAAGUGCCUUUGGAGCCGCCGUUACUCUUUCUCUUGGAGGAAUACAAAAACUACCUGGACGCCGCCAACAUGUCGAUGCGCGUGCGGCGGCACUCGGACCCCGCGCGGCGAGGGGAGCUCAGCGUUUGUGACAGUAUUAGCCAGUGGGUGACGGCUGUGGACAAAAAGACGGCCAUAGACAUGUCGGGCCAGACGGUCACCGUCCUGGAGAAGGUCCCUGUGACUAACGGUCAGCUGAAGCAAUACUUUUACGAGACCAAAUGCAACCCCUUGGGGUACACAAAGGAGGGCUGUCGAGGAAUAGACAAGCGGCACUAUAACUCACAAUGCCGGACAACCCAGUCUUACGUGCGAGCCCUUACCAUGGAUAGCAAAAGGAAGAUCGGCUGGCGGUUUAUACGGAUAGACACUUCAUGUGUAUGCACAUUGACCAUUAAAAGGGGCAGAUAGUGUACACAAUGUAUAGAUUUUAUUGAGAGUUCUAAAAAAGAGAGAGAAAAGAGAAAAUAUCUAUUUGUAUAUAUACAUAACAGGGUAAAUUAUUCCGUCAGAUGAAAAUUUUAUGGACUGCAUGUAAAAAAGAUGAAGUUUAUACAGUAAAAGUGAUACUACAGUCUAUUUAUUGAACAUAUUCAUGACCUUGUAAACAAUUAAAAAAAGAUCUGAUCAGUCAUUUGCGCCCAGUUCAAAUUACUAUAUCACAUUCCUCGAGACAUUGUGUUUUUUACGUUGCCAAGAUUUUGAGAGAUGAGGAGAGGAGGGGGUGAGGAAGAAUUACAUUCAAGAAAAAAAAAAAAAAACGAAAAGAAAAAAAAACCUUGCAUGCUGCUUCAAUUGUGAAUUCAGAAACUGUCCACUUUGGGAAAACAAGGAAACGAUUUCCGACCAAAACAUUCCGUUUACAUUCUCAACCAUAACAGGAUUUCCUCCUCUCAGUACUCUGUCUGUUUACUAUCCUCAACUUCUCAAGGUAAUGUUGGAAAUACAUACUAUGUCAAGGUGCUGUUGUCAAAGCUUUGCUGUUUAUUUUUUUAUCCCCACAAGAUGAAAAAAUAUAUAUAAAAUAUAUAUAAAAUUUA